CACACCCGGGUCUCACAUUCAAGAAGCCAAACUGUCUGCUUCAAAGAGAAAAGGCAACAUCCUGUCACAGGCCAUGCUCUGGCAAAAACCCACAGCUCCAGAACAGGCCCCAGCCCCACCCCGGCCGUACCAGGGUGUCCGUGUGAAGGAGCCAGUGAAGGAACUGCUCAGGAGGAAACGUGGCCAUGCCAGCAGUGGGGCAGCUGUUACACCUACGGCGGUGGUGCUGCCCCAUCAGCCCCUGGCCACCUACACCACAGUGGGUCCUUCCUGCCUUGACAUGGAGGUCUCUGCUUCCACAGUGACAGAGGAGGGAGCCCUGUGUGCCGGCUGGCUCUCCCAGCCGGGCCCGGCCACCCUCCAGCCCCUGGCCCCGUGGACACCCUACACGGAGUAUGUGUCCCAUGAAGCUGUCAGCUGCCCCUACUCAGCUGACAUGUAUGUGCAGCCCAUGUGCCCGAGCUACACAGUUGUGGGGCCCUCCUCCGUGCUGACCUAUGCCUCCCAGCCGCUCAUCACUAAUGUCACGACGAGAAGUGCAGCUGCACCCGCGGUUGGGCCCCAACUGGAGGGCCCGGAGCACCAGGCGCCCCUCACCUAUUUCCCGUGGCCUCAGCCCCUGUCCACUCUGCCCACCUCCACCCUGCAGUAUCAGCCUCCGGCCCCAGCCCUGCCUGGGCCCCAGUUUGUCCAGCUGCCCAUCUCCAUCCCUGAGCCAGUCCUUCAGGACAUGGAAGACCCCAGGAGAGCCAUCAGUUCCCUGACCAUCGACAAGCUGCUUUUGGAGGAAGAGGAUGGUGAUGCCUACGCACUCAACCACACGCUCUCUGUGGAGGGCUUUUAGGGCAUGCUCCUGAGAAUCCUGUUCCCUGAAACUGGUAUUUAAAACAGGGAACAAGAUUCACAUCUCUUUGGAGUAGCCAUUUUAUGACUACACUUUGCAUUCCAAACUAGAAUGAUAGACUUUCCUUCCUCCCUCUUCUCCCUCCUCCCUGCUCCCUCUUUCCCUCCUCCCUCUCUUCCUUCCCUCCUUUGUCCUUCCCUCCCUCCCCUCUUCAUUCCUUUUUUCCUUUCUCAUUUCUUUUUCCAUUUCAGCUCCUUUCUGAGAAGAAAUUAUAGGGAUUUAGUGGUAAUAUUGACACCAGUGUUGCAGACCUAUGACCCAGGUGCUUUUACUUCUGCCUCAGUUCAUCAAUUGGGACAGCAGCCCCACUGAGCUGGGGGCCAGCAAUGCCCUACCAUCUGUCACUUUAAGAUGGAUGGGGUGUCCUACCGCCCCUCCAAGGGCAGACCCAAUGCCAGAAUCCUUGAGCUGU